AUGUUCGACCUCGGCAUCUACGAGCGCCCCAACAUGCUCUCGCUCCACGGCAUCGAGCGCGGCACCUUCGGCAUGCGCGCCUUCCUCGAGCGGCCGGUCGCCGACGGCCUCGUCGACGAGAAACACGAGCACUCAUCGUCUGACCCCGAGCCGACAAACACGACUUGUGAAGCGGGCAAGAACUCGGCGUCGCUGACGGAACACUUGUCUACGUCCGAGGCGCUCAAGGCUCUCGCGCACGACGAAGGCUCCGUGCACGUGGGCAAGCAUGCGCCGCCGAUCGACCGGGUGGCGCUCCUGCGCGACGGGCCCAAGGCGUGGAAGCGCGUGGGCGUCCGCGACAUGUCGCUGCGCACCGUCACGGAACGGUUGGAGCUCAUCAGCAAGUUGCGGGACGACGUGGUGAAACGGGGCUGGCGGUACACGGUGCUGCAGGUGUGGACGGAGGAGGAGAUGGGGGACUGGCUUUUUGGUGAGUUGCUUUAUCCGCCGGAAAAGAGGGCGGGGAGAGGAGGGGGUGGUGGUGUGGAGGCCGGCAGUAAAGGGCAUGAGCUGAAGGUGCAGAUUGAGGCGCUGGUCAAGGUAUUGACAACGAGGGGCGCGUGGUUGGACUUCAGUCUGCCGAGGGAGAGGCUGUUGUUCAGCCAGAAUUUGUACGCGAAGGAGGCGGCGAGUGAUGGAAGCGGCGUGGAUGCGAUGGGUUUGAGGCCCGAGAUCAAGAGGAGAUGGGGCCUGAUUCAGCUGUUGUUGUCGGUGGAACUGGUGUUGAGGUUGGACGCGGCCUUGAGGCUGGGCGUUGCGAGUCACAGUGAGAAGGUGGAAGUCAGCAGUGUGGAGAUCCACCAUUUCAACCGGUUGAGGAACCUGAAGGUUGAUUGGGACUUCGUGGUGGCGAGGAGAUGGUUGGAUCUGUGCUAUGUGAGGAAAGUGCCCAAGAAUGAGGUCGGCGGUGCGCCGCCGGCGGUGGAGACGCCAGCGGACGCGUCGCCGCCCCCCAAAAGUCACCACGGGCAGAAGGAGGGGGGCUUCUUUGGGAGGUUCAAGGAGACGUUGCACAUUCGAGACAAAGAGAAGGAGGAGGAUAGCUGGCCGUACGACUGCGCGGUGCUGCCUCGGCAGCCGAGCGUCAUGGCCGACGGGCUUCUACGCUUUGCGGAGGACAUUGGCUGGGACGCCGACGCGGUAGAGCAUAUAAGGAGACAACUAGCGGAGAAGUUGUGUGACAAGACGCUGGAGCAGAGGGAGGAGAUGCUCGCUCGUGGGACCGAGGCGCUCGACCACCCUCACGUCGCGCAACACCACAAGGACAAGAGCAAGGUGGAGCUCAAGGCCGCGGGAGAGCAUACCCUGGGCGGGCCGUUGACUCAUACGUGGCUAGGGGGUUUGAUCAUACCGGGCUACUUCGCGUGCGAUUUGCUCAUGUGCGCGCUACUGGAGAGUGAUACCAAGCAAAUGGCGGUGGAGAAACUGGGUAACAUGGCACAUCCCAGAUCUGGGUUCGUCCUCAACAGCAGAAGCUGGUGGAGCAAAUUGUGCGUCGUGGGGGUGGUCCUCGCUGACGCGGACAAUGCGGUGGAAAGAAUGGGCUGGAUCGGUCUACCGACGCCGCUGAGCCCGCACGAUCAUGAGACAGGGCAGGCUUUGGGCGAUGGAUGGUGGUUGAUAGUGUCUAAGGAUGUGCCGAGAUUGAGGAAUGGCGAACGCAUCCUCGAUGGAGACGAUAUGGCCAAAGAGAGCAGUACGUUGGGAGUUGGGAAAGGCCACAUCAUGGCGAGCGAGUUUGGCAUGCUCACCGACCAUGCUUUCAACGGCAUGGAGAGGAUGGAGGUGACAAACCUGCGGUUGAUUCUGAAGUGGCUGCCGCAGCCGCAGCAGCAGCAGCCGGGCGACCGUGACCAGCCAUACGAGGCAGCCGUCAGUGCGAGCGUGGCGCGCGAAGGCGCAGGUGAGCAUGCUCGGAAGCACAAGCUGCUGCCGCUGAGAUAUAGUGUGCGCUUCGUUGGGGGCCAUCCGUGCCGACCUCCUCACGGGCACGCGAAGCAAGCGAAGCAAGCCUCACCACAGGACUCGGGCGACAAGUUACAACCUCUGGCGGCGCCCAAGCACCUGGAGCACCUUCCGGCGCACCCACUGCACAAGUCAUACAAGUACUCACUACGUUCGAUCGAAGAGGUCAUCGAUCUGGGUCCCGGCGACGAGCUCACGCUGCCCAACCCCACGGACAAGGAGGCGAGCCCGGUAUGGGUGAUUGAUGCCCGAGGAGGCUGGCAACGGGAAACUUUGGUGAGGGCCUGGUGUGCGAGUGUUGGGAGGCACGCUAUCGUUAGCCGGGUGGGAGUAGGAUGCAUUGCUUGUGCUGUCAGAGAGGCGCGUGCACUCGAGAUUGGUGUCAUUAUCAGGGUUGAAGCAUGA